CCCCACCCCGCAUUACCAUGCUACGGCUUUGCAAGCGUGGCUGCAACAGACUUUCCCAGUAUAGCUGCUGUGUUGAUAGAUAGGUCUGGUACUCCGUAGAUCUGAAAUGGAGAAGGAUGCAUAUUUUUGUAUAUUUUCAGUUCCUUGCACCUCUUCCUCGAUCUCCUCCAGCUUUCGUCCAACUAUCCUACGGAUAAUCCGCCAUGCCUUACCUCGGAGAGAAUAGUUCUGCGCCGAAAAUUCGCAUUGCGAUUGAUCGCGGUGGAACAUUCACUGACUGUCUAGGCAUAGUUCCAGGGAAGCCAGACAUACUAAUUAAGCUUCUCUCCAAUGACCCAAACAAUUACGCAGAUGCUCCUACUGAAGGCAUCCGCAGGAUCUUGGAGAUUGCAACGGGAGAAAAGAUUCCACGAGGAGAGAAAAUAGACACUAAGAACAUUGAAUCGAUAAAGAUGGGAACAACUGUGGCUACGAAUGCAUUGUUGGAGCGAGCAUCGACACCAUGUGCAUUGGUGGUUACCCGUGGAUUCAGGGAUUUACUGCGGAUCGGUGACCAAACGCGGCCAAAGCUGUUCGAUCUUAAUAUUCGUAGACCUGAGAAUCUCUUUGAGCAUGUUCUCGAAAUCGAUGAGCGCGUCACCCUACAUGAUUCGACAGAAGACACCUCAAGUUUGCAUGACCCGGACCGAAAGUCGUACGCGCUCAAAGAAGGUGUCGGCGGAGAAGCGGUUCGAGUGAUUAAGCCUCUAGCUGCGGACAAGGCCAGAGAAGGCUUGCAAUCGCUGUUCGAUCAAGGGGUGAGGUCCUUAGCAAUCAUUUUGUUACACUCAUAUACGUUUCCAGAUCAUGAGCUGGAACUAGAAAGAAUAGCGCAGGAUAUUGGGUUCACCCAGAUCUCUUUGUCUUCUCAGGUUUCACCCAUGAUUAAAGCUAUUUCACGCGGUUAUUCAGCGACAGCGGAUGCAUAUCUAACCCCAGUUACCAAAUCAUACAUUGAGGGCUUCCGCAAAGGCUUUGUAGGGGAUCUUGAAGAUUCAAAUGGGGCAAGAUGUGAGUUCAUGCAAAGCGAUGGUGGUCUUGCGUCUUGGCAAUUUUUCAGUGGUCUUAAAGCUAUCCUUUCGGGACCUGCUGGCGGAGUUGUGGGGUUCAGCAAGACUUGCUACGACGCAAAGAGAAAGAAACCUGUCAUUGGCUUUGAUAUGGGUGGUACGAGCACAGACGUCUCACGAUUUUCUGGCUCACUGGAACACACAUUUGAGUCCAUUACUGCUGGGAUCAUCAUACAAUCCCCACAGCUGGAAGUGGACACUGUCGCUGCUGGCGGCGGUAGCAUUUUGUCCUACAAGAAUGGCUUAUUCCUGGCUGGCCCGGAGUCCGCGAGUGCACAUCCUGGACCUGUAGCUUAUCGAAAGGGAGGACCUUUGACAGUGACUGAUGCCAAUUUAGUCCUGGGUAGGAUACAGGCUCAAUACUUUCCUCAAAUCUUUGGAAAGAAUGAGAAUGAGCCAUUGGACUAUGAGGGAUCCAGAAAGGCUUUUGAAACUCUGCUCGUGCAAGUCAACAGUGAUUUGCAAAGUUCAGGAGGAAAACUGAAAACAGUAGAGGAGCUCGCUCUAGGAUUCCUUGAAGUUGCGAACGAGACUAUGUGUAGACCAAUUCGAGGACUUACUGAGGCCAAGGGCUACCGAACGGGUGAUCAUGAAUUGGCCGUGUUUGGUGGUGCUGGCGGCCAACACGCAUGCGCAAUCGCCAAUAAUCUAGGAAUUAAUCGUGUAAUCAUUCACCGUUAUUCAUCGAUUCUCUCUGCCUAUGGUAUGGCCCUGGCAGAUCUAGUGCACGACUUACAAGAACCAUGUUCCAUGAGUCUGAACGACUCAAUAGAUGAACUGGAUGCACGACUUAACAAUCUUGAGCAGAAAGCCGCGCAAAAAUUUGCAGAAGAUGGGAUUCGAUCCCAGCUUAUGCGCUUCGAGCAUUUUCUCAAUUUGCGUUAUGCAGGGUCUGACACAACGUUUAUGAUUCCGCGUCCAGAACACCAGAGUUGGGAAGAAGCGUUCAUUGCCGAACACAAACGACAAUUCUCUUUCAUUAUGCCAGGGCGAGAAGUACUCGUGGAGAACGUGAGGGUUCGGGCCAUAGCUGAGAGCGAGUCAGUCGAGCCUGGCUUCGAUCUUCAACAGCAACUUUCCAAUGUUGUGCUUACAGCUGCAUCUGAUAAGAAGAUCUCCAACCGAGUGAAAAUAUUCUUUGAUGGAGGCUGGCAGGACUCAAACCUCUAUUUCCUUUCAUCUCUAAGCGCAGGCGAUCAAGUACAAGGUCCUGCUCUUAUCCUCGAUAAUACUCAGACCAUCGUUGUCGCGCCGUUGGCGAAAGCAACUAUACUCGAUCGUCACGUUAUACUUGAUCUAGUUCAAAACGCGGCUCCAGUCACCGCAGAGAAAGAAUCGAUAAGCAACUCUGAAAUUGUCGAUCCCGUACAGCUUUCUGUUAUGGCUCAUCGAUUUAUGAGCAUAGCUGAGCAAAUGGGACACACAUUGCAAAAAACAAGCGUCUCAGUUAAUAUCAAAGAACGAUUGGAUUUUAGCUGUGCCCUGUUCUCACCAGAAGGCAGAUUAGUGGCCAAUGCUCCACACGUGCCUGUACACCUAGGGAGUAUGGAGCAAGCAGUCAUGUAUCAGCAUCAACUCUUGAAAGAUAAACUCCGGCCCGGCGAUGUGAUUGUCGCCAAUCACCCGAUAUCCGGUGGAACCCAUCUUCCAGACAUCACUUGCAUAACACCUGUUUUUGACCAGACUGGACAGAAUAUCAUUUUCUACACAGCUUCGCGAGGUCAUCACCAAGAGAUUGGCGGCAUUCUACCGGGUUCAAUGCCCGCUAGCAGCGUUGAACUCUAUGAGGAAGGUGCAGCAAUUAUAUCGGAAUAUCUGGUUCGGAACGGUGAAUUUGACGAAGCCACCAUUACCAAGCUCCUGUUGCAUGAUCCAGCUCAGUACCCAGGAUGCUCUGGCACCCGAAAGCUUGCAGACAAUUUGAACGACUUGAAGGCCCAAGUCUCGGCCAACGCAAAGGGUGCCGCCUUGCUAUCAGAUCUAAUUGCUGAGUAUGGAUUAGCUACGGUUCAUCGGAAUAUGAAUGCCAUCACCGCGAACGCUGAAGCUUGUGUGAAGGCUUUCCUGCAGCGAACAUAUGAAAAGACUAAUGGAAAGCCGUUAACAGCAUUGGACUAUAUGGAUGAUGGAACUCCAAUACAGUUGACUGUGACGAUAAAUCCUGACGUAGGAACGGCUCACUUCGACUUUACAGGCACAGGAGAAGAGGGGUAUCAUUCUUUCAAUGCACCUCAGGCAAUUACACGAAGUGCUACCUUAUACGUGCUUCGAUGCCUCAUCAAUCAAGAUAUCCCGCUUAAUGAAGGUUGUCUUCGGCCACUUACAUUCACCAUACCAAAUGGUUCGAUACUUAAUCCUAGCCCUACCGCGGCUGUGUGUGCAGGAAACCCGAUCACGUCACAACGUGUGACAGAUGUGGUCAUCAAAGCUUUUGAAGCCUGCGCAGCUAGCCAGGGCGAUUGUAAUGUCUUCUCGUUUGGGCACGAUGGAAACCGCGACGCGGAAGGCAAUCUGAUUCCCAAUACUGGGUUUGGGUUUGGUGAAACCAUCUGUGGUGGAAGUGGGGCUGGGCCAGGCUGGCAUGGAACUAGCGGCGUUCAUAUCCACAUGACAAACACCCGGAUUACGGACCCGGAGAUUCUCGAGAAGCGUUAUCCUGUGGUCCUGCGGGAAUUUAGUAUCAGGAAAGGCAGCGGCGGCAAGGGGCAGUACAACGGUGGAGAUGGUAUCCGACGUGUAUACGAAUUCGGCAAAGAUAUGGGAGCAUCGAUUGUCAGCGAACGUCGCGUUACCAGGCCAUAUGGCAUGAAAGGUGGAGAAGAUGGAAAGUCCGGAGUCAACUACAUUGUCAAAGGUGGUGAAAAGGGGCGGUGGUCACGCCUUGGUGGGCGAAAAGAUUUCAAAGUGCAAAAAGGUGAUUGGGUAGUUAUUGACACCCCAGGUGGGGGAGGCUGGGGUUCCGUAACUGAUGGACCGACAGAGGAGAGUGUAAACCUCAAAGUGCCAGUUGAGCGACGGUUUGUUAGCCAGUUCCAGCUUGCCCAAGAAGCAAGUAACUAAAGGUUUCGAUACUAAGAUUAUACAAGAACAGACGAUUGGGUAUCAUGAUACUCACACACUAUGUUAUCAGAAAUAAAGAUUGCACUUGAGAUCCAGAGAAGUUUUGCAUUUUUCUCUCACUGCUAAUGUAUUUGAGAUGAG